AUGGACAGACACGAUGAUGUUCCAAUUUUAAAUCAACAACCACAACCACAACAAAAAAAGUGUCAUGGUAAUCGAAGAAAUCAACGUUUUAGAAGAAAAUGUCGAGCUCACAAAAUGAAACCUUCAAAAAUGGAAAAGCUAAUCAAGAAAAGAAAUCUUAUUCAUAAGAAAAAUCAAAAAAAUAACUCUAUAAGACGUGCGACAAAUAGUAAUAUAGAAUUAACAAUUCGAAAAAACAAUCAAUCACAACCAAUAACAACAACAACAGAUCUUAAUAAACGUAAACGAGAUAUAUCAUUACAAGAAUUAUCAAAAACAAAUACAACAAUAUCAGAAACAACAAGUUCAGUAUCUAUUGUACAACCAUCAUCAAAAAAAAUGAAGAAUGUAUCAAAAACAAUCACUAAUCCAAUAAUCAAUGCGAAUAAUAGUGAUGUGAAGAGAAAUACAAAUUAUCGACGUCCUAUGUAUUUGACACGAUCAUCACACAUACUUUGUCAAAUAUUAAAUAAAACUUUAAAUUAUUCAUUAAAGAAAAAAGAUGAACAACAAUUUAUAUAUUUACAACUUGAACUAUUAGAUCAACAAUAUUGUCUAGAAAAAGAUCAAGAAUUAUGGCAAUCCUAUUUAGAUAUUGGUAUACAACAACACAUAUGGCCAGAUCAACUGUAUACAAUGGCAAAAACAAAUGAUUUCGAUUUAUGUAAAGAGUAUUUAAUGAAUUAUAUACAAAACAUCAAAAAACAAUUAAAUCAAUGUCAAUCUGAAUUGGCAAAACAGCAAACUCAAACAAGCCCAAUCUUAGAAUUAUCAUUUGAACAAAUCGAACAUCGGCUUAAAGAAUUAGUGAAUCGUGAACGAAAAUAUUUAUCAAAAAGAAACAAUAAACAAUUGAUUAAAUUUAAAGAUGAUUUUUAUGAAAAAGAACUAUUUAAAACUAUAUCUACCUAUUUUCCUAAAACUAAUGAACAAGAUGAUUAUACAAAUGAAUUAAUUACUAUACGACAAAAACAAGCGGAAAUCUGGCAAGAACAACUUAUGUUAGAAAUGCGAAUUCUUUGUAAAUUUUUACCACAAAAUGUCAAUCAUUUGGAAAAUUUCAUUGCACCUAUUGCUUAUCUACCAUUGAACAAUAAUGAAAAAAUUGUAGCAGUUAAAAACAAACAUUAUAAAAUUAUACAAGAAGGAAAACGUAUAUGGUUAAAUUAUUUUUUAAAUAUUUAUGAAAUUAAAUUACAAGAAUAUGAAGAACAAUAUCAAAAUAAAUUCAAUAAAUUGGAAUCACAGUUAUUAGAUAAGAGCAUUAUAAAUGGUCCAACUAUGUUAAAUACUAUCAAAGAAUAUAUAGAAUAUCGAAUAAAUAAAUUAAAAAAAGACAUUUAUGAUAAAAUGUCAUCUUUUCGAAGAAUCGUACUUCAAAAUCGUCAACGUUCAACAUCAACAGGACAUACUAUUGGUGUCUCACCUGAACCAUAUCUCGAUCUAAUUUCUAAUCCAUUUAAUAAACGUCAAUGGAAUUAUCUUUCACUUGGCCCAUCUUAUAUAAGAUUAAAUCAAAGUGCCAUUCGUCCUAAAUCUCAACAACUAACUGGAAUAAAAGAUGAACAUAAAGAUAUUUAUAAAAAAGUUGAAAAUCAUCUCGUGGAGAAACCUCAUUGUAUACCACGAACAAAACCAAUUUUCAAAGAAUAUUCAAAUCAUCUUCUUGAUUACCUUAAUCAUAGUUAUUUUACUCCAUUACCAUAUAAAGAUCAAUUACAAACUCUCGAACAAGCACAAAUCGUCGGAUCAAUUCGACAAAUAAUAAAAAAUAUGGAUCUUAUCAUCCGUCUCACUGAUAAAGGUCAUAAUUUUUAUAUUGGUUUAGCUAUUGAAUUUGAAAAAAAAGUUGAAAAAUUUUUCUCUGAUACAAAUGCUUUCAUCGAAUUAUCUUACAAUCCAUUCAAUGAAAUAUUAGAUAAAGUCAUUGAAUUACUUAAUAAAUUAUAUUCAAAAAAACUCAUAUGGAAAUGGCAAUAUGAAGAAAUGAUGCCAGAUCGAACAAAAUGUGAAUUAGCUCAUUUAUAUUUUAAUCCUAAAACACACAAGGAUGGCAUACCUGUUCGACCAAUUGAAAAUACUAUUCAUGCAUCAACUACAAAAAUUUCAAAAUUAUUAGAUAAAAUAUUACGACCCAUAUUCGAUAGCAAAUGUAAAGAAACAACAAUAAUCGAUGGUACGUCUUUAAUUACAGAACUUACAAAUAAUACUAAGAAAGGUCUUUUAAAACCAACAACUCUUUUUUGUACAUUUGACAUUCGUAAUUUAUAUACAAUGUUACCACAAGAACAAGCAUUGAAUAGUCUUAUGACAUUUCUUCAUGUACAUGGUUAUAGAAAAGUGAAAGGAAUUAAUCUUGAUACGAUAAGAAAAUUAGCUUCCAUUGUACUUCAAGAAAAUGUUUUUGCUUAUGGUAAAAAAAUUUAUAAACAAACAACUGGUGGUGCUAUGGGUUCAUCAUUUACAUUAACUUUAGCGAACAUUUUCAUGUGGGAAUGGCAAAAAAAAAUUGUUGAUGAACAAACUGUGACCGGUGAAUUUUAUGGCCGGUACAUUGAUGAUAUAUUUAUGACUUGGAACAAAUCUGAAAAUGAAUUAAAAGUUUUAUUAGAUGAAGCAAAUACAUGGCAUCCAAAUAUUAAAUUAGAUUAUAAAAUCGGCAAAAGUCUUCCAUUUCUCGAUGUUCUUCUUACGAAUAAUAAUGGUAUUCUAUCAACAUCUGUUUAUCAUAAACCAGCAACUGAACCUUAUGUUACACCAUUUAUAUCUGAUCAUCCGCGACAUGUUUUCACGAAUAUUAUUAAAACUUCUCUUACACGUGCUAUAAGAUAUUCAUCGACAUUCGAAGUAUUUAAUAAUGAACGACGUUAUAUUAAACUAAUGUUAUUAUA